UCUACUUGGUUUCCUACAGAAUUAGUAAGUGUGGAAAUGGAGCCGAGCUGGAGUACGUUUCUUUUUCAACAGGCCAAUGAAGCCCUCCACCACCAGCACCAGGUGGCACAGAACAGCCUGCUGCCUCUUCUUAAUGCAGGAGCUGAACAAGUUGACCAGAAGCCUGUCCUGCCCAUCCAAAUAGACCAGAAGCCCCCUUCCAGCGCUGCCGAUCUCCUCAAAGACAAUGUGGCCAGUGGGGGAGGUCCACGGCCACCAGUGCCUGUCAUAAAGAAGGAACACAAAGGCAAAACACCUUUCGUCUGCGGCUAUUGCAACAAGGCCUUCCGUGACAGCUACCACCUGCGUCGUCAUGAGUCCAGCCACACCGGUAUCAAGAUGGUGUCGCGGCCAAAGAAGACUGCCCAGACAGCCCCCACCAUGGUACCCAUGAUCUCCACCAUGCCACGAGAGAACAACGGCAACCCUUCCUACAUCUCCACGGUAGCAGGCAUCCUGUCCACGGCAACCACCUCUGUUUCCUCAAGUAUUAUGACGUCGUCCGCAAUGGGCAAUGUGCCGCAGCAGAACAUCCCCAAGAAACCCGCCAAACCUGUCAAGAAAAACCAUGGCUGUGAGAUGUGUGGCAAGGCCUUUCGUGAUGUGUACCACCUGAAUCGCCACAAGCUGUCCCAUUCGGACGAGAAGCCGUUUGAGUGCCCCAUCUGCCAGCAACGCUUUAAAAGGAAGGACCGAAUGACCUACCAUGUUCGCUCUCAUGACGGGGGAGUCCACAAGCCCUAUGUAUGUUCUGUGUGUGGGAAAGGCUUUUCCAGGCCAGACCACUUGAGCUGCCAUGUGAAGCAUGUGCAUUCCUCAGAAAGACCGUUCAAAUGUCAAGUAACGGCCUGUACCUCUGCUUUCGCCACCAAAGACAGACUCCGUUCCCACAUGAUCAGACAUGAGGGCAAGGUCACCUGUAGCAUCUGUGGGAAGAUGCUCAGUGCAGCCUACAUCACCAGCCAUCUGAAGACUCACGGACAGACCAACUUUAACUCCUGUAACAAAGAAGGUAACGAAGUCUGCAACUCUGCCUCAGCUACACCUGUGACCGUUUCUGCCCCCAUCACCACAGCGAUGAACCGGGGCAACAACAACCACCCGGUCACCAUCGCCGCUCAAAUGAACAUUAGCACCAACACCGUCAACAUCACAUCUCCAGUCAGCCUCCAGCACCCAGUCACCAUCACCGGGCCCGUCAACAUCGCCUCUGUCAACAUCCCUGCCUCGGCGCCCAUGAAUAUAGCCCACCCAGUCGCAAUAACGACCCCCAUGCCUAUGAAUAUGGCCGGUCCGCUCAACAUCGCCAUGAGGCCAGUGGAUAGCAUGUCUUUUCUGUCCCAAGUCUUGCCUUCUUCCCCACCGUGGUAAAACGGAGAGAGAGCAUUGGACUGGCCAGAAAGAAAGGGAAAAUGAAGUAAACCAAGAGACUCCUGUCCUCAUUAUUUGCACCUCGAGCCCAGCUCUUCCUCCUCCUGUACAAUGUUUACUUCAUCAAACCCCCCCGAAGUGAACAUUUACAUGAGCUGUGCGGCCGGCAGGGGCCCCCCAAGUCACAGCUGCGUCCCAACUGAGGUUAAGUGACUGACUUGAGAUGCAGAACACUUUACUAGAAAUUGAGUAGGAUUUACCUUGAAAUCAGGACAAACGUAAGACUUAGUGUAGUCAGUUAGAAUGAUGAAACUGUGAUUUGUAUCCUGACAGAUGAGAGGAGAGGAUUCGUCAAGCACCCUGUAGGAAGACACACCUGUGCUUUUGUAAAAGGGAGAUGAGAAAUGGACUGAAGCAAUAACUAUGAAUUGCUGUUUUUGAUGUUUUACAAGUUCUCUCCCAAAGCCUCUGGGUGUUACUUUGUAUGUUGUUUUUUUAACUAUAGCCUGCUAAUCACUAUCUAUUUAAUGUUAUAGGAAAUGAGUCUAGUAAAAGGGACAGCAGCUUCCACUUGCAUGGAAGAAUAUUUUUUCACAGUGCUAUAGCUUUUUUUUUUUCUUCUCAGAUAGUAGGUAUGCUCUUGAGGUACAGUGACUAACUUGUACAGUUGACAUAGUAAUGUAUUUUCAGCAUUUCAGCAUUUUAAUUUUUGCUUUUGUUAUUCAAGUGGAUAUCUCGACACUGUCCUCUUGACAAUGAAAAUAUUUGUACUUUUGUUUUCUAUUUGUAUGGAAACACAGCGGUUUGUUUUUAUUUGCCUAUUUGUAGUGUUCAUUUUUCCAUGAAGUCAGAAUGGAAUGAGUCUUGCACUGAAAGCAUAUCCUACAUACAGGUGAACAGCAGUAUUAUCAAAGAUCAAAUUGGAGUCUUAAGUGUUUUGGUUAGCCAGCCUGCACUUGAGGGCCAUCUAGUGGCUGACCGUGGAAAGGCCUGGUCUUGUAGUGAAGCUUUUUCAGGCUGUUACUGUCAUCAUAAUGGUGACUAAUUUUUUUUUUGUUUGUUUUGUUUUGUUUUUUUACCAUCUAUCUGUCAUAGCCCCAAGAUGAUACUAAGGACCCCUCACUCAGGAAACACACAUAAAAGCCCAUUACUCAUGAACUUGGUUCCUUUUAAAUUGAGUACAGUAUAUCUACCAUGUAUCUUGAUUCUUGACUCCUCAUUGUUCUUUAUUAGACUCCCUAAAUCAUCUGGCAUUGAGGUGUUAAAAGACCCGACUCUUGAUGAAAUCAGGGACAAGAAGGCCAACAAUUGUUGAUUUUAAACAUAGCCGUCCAUUUAAAUAAUCAUUUACUGUGCAAUGGCAUACAUGCUAUACCUUUUCACAUUUCCUUUGAAGUCGCGUUCAGCUCAGGCUGCAGUUAUGUCGCUGAGAUCUGGACAAGUUUGAUGAAAUGCAAGUUUGUGUCCAUUAAAAUAAUGGGACAAGAUUGAUGUUGCAUGACCCCAACACUGUAGCUGUUGAACAUUAACUAUUUUUUAAUGAAUGCCAUGUGAUCUCAACAGUGUUGCAGCUCUUUGAGUUGAUUCAGUUUAUACUGAAAAAUGCAAUAUGCAUGUUUGUCAUUUUUCCCAGGUUUCGUUUUUAAAAAAAUAUUAGUGUCGCUUUUUUCCUUUUUUCCUUUUUUUUUGUUGUGCAUUUACGUAGAUACACUAUGAUAGCCUGUUUGCCAAAUUUGAUACAAUAAUAAUGUGUUAAACUGAACAUUUCUCGUGGAAUUGAACAUCUCUUUAUUUUUAAGGAAAACAAAUAAUUGGAAAUUCCAGGACCCUUGUGAAAGCAGUUGAAUGUAUAUCUUUGUACAAAACUAUUUUAGUUCCAAGGAUAUGGUAGUUACAAUAGAUGUGAAAGAUAAGAUAACCUUUUUUAUAAAUCUUUUGUAUUAGAACAUUAACAAUGGUAAUUUUGUAUAUAUGAGAGGCUAGGCUUUCUGAUUAGCAGAAAGGUCAAACAUUCCUACAUUUUUUUUAAAUGUAUGUUUGUCAAAUUAUUACAUAAACAUGCGCAAUGUUAUGUGCCUUUUAUUUGGGUUGUCUAAAUAAAAGAAAACUAUCAAAUGUG